AUGAAUAGUUUAACCAUUUGGCAUGAACAUGGAAAAGGGACAGGAAAAGAUUUAGAAAAGCCUUUUAUUUGUAUCAAAAAAGCAGCAGAAAAUGGUAAUGAAGUAGCAAUGUUUAAAGAAGGCAUUUUGAAUAAGUUAGAUGAAAAAAGAGUAAACGAUCUUUGGAAUAUUGCGAUCGAUUAUCGUAUUGCUGCUAAAGGGCGGGAUAUGUUAAAUGUAGAUGAAAUUGAGAAAUUUUCUUCUGAAUAA